GCAGACAACAAUGGACGACCUCCCGAAAUGCGAAACGAAUCAUGUCCCGCUCACACCGCUCACCUUCUUGAAGAGAGCCGCUUCCGCCUACGCCGACCGCACUUCCGUUGUUUACGACUCCGCCCGCUUCACGUGGCGCCAGACCCACGAGCGCUGCCUCCGCCUCGCCUCGUCGCUCCGCUCUCUCGAUGUCGUCAAGAACGAUGUGGUAUCUAUCCUGGCUCCGAACGUUCCGGCCAUGUACGAGAUGCACUUUGCUGUACCGAUGGUUGGGGCAGUUCUCAACACCAUAAAUGCCCGUCUAAACGCUGCCAACAUUGCUACCAUCCUCCGCCACUCCGGAGCCAAGGUCUUCUUUGUCGAUUGCAUGCACGUGCUGGUAGCGCGGGAGGCGCUCGCGAUGCUCUCGGCCACCGGUUACUGCAUACCCUUGGUUAUCGCCAUCGACGACUUUAACUCGCCGACUGGUGUUCAAAUUGGCGAUUUGGAAUACGAGGAUCUCAUUCAGAAGGGGGACCUGGCCUACGCCCCCGAGGAGCUUCGAGAUGAGUGGGACCCCAUCGCGCUCAAUUACACUUCCGGGACGACGUCGGAGCCGAAAGGAGUGGUGUACAGCCACCGAGGAGCCUACCUCAGCACCCUUAGCUUGAUCCUCGGGUGGGAAAUGCGAAGCGAACCGGUGUAUCUGUGGACGCUGCCGAUGUACCACUGCAACGGAUGGACCUUCACAUGGGGCAUCGCCGCCCGCGGCGGAACCAACGUGUGCCUCCGCAACGUUACUGCGCUCAACAUCUACCGGAACAUCGUUGCUCACAGGGUCACCAACAUGUGCUGCGCUCCAGUCAUCUUCAACAUCCUCCUUGAUGCCGAGCCCCACGAACGCCGCGAGGCUGUCGCCCCAAUAGAGAUCCUCACCGGCGGUGCUCCCCCGCCACCGGCCCUAAUCCUAAAGAUGGAGUCUCUCGGCUUCCACAUCACACAUGCAUACGGGCUAACCGAAGCCACCGGGCCAGCCCUGGUCUGCGAGUGGCGGGCAGACUGGAACCGCCUGCCGCCAUCAAAGCAGGCACGGCUCAAGGCACGCCAGGGAAUCAGCGUAUUGACACUCGCCGACGUGGAUGUCAAGGACUUGGACACGAUGAGGAGUGUUCCUCGUGACGGCAAAUCCAUGGGAGAAAUUGUUCUGCGUGGGAGCAGCAUCAUGAAAGGCUACUACAAGAACCCCGAAGCGACAGCAAAGGCUUUCCGAAACGGGUGGUUCCUCACCGGAGACGUCGGCGUCGUCCACCAUGACGGUUACGUGGAGGUAAAGGACCGGUCAAAGGACGUGAUUAUUUCCGGUGGGGAAAACAUCAGCAGUGUCGAGCUCGAGAACGUGCUCUACGGCCACCCAAGGGUCUUGGAGGCGGCGGUGGUGGCGAUGCCGCAUCCGCGGUGGGGCGAGAGUCCUUGCGCGUUCAUCAGCAUUAAGAAGAACUCCGAAGGUGAAACCGACGACGUGAAAGAAGCAGAGAUCCUAUCUUUCUGUAGGAAGAACCUCCCAAGUUUCAUGGUUCCAAAGAAGGUGGAGUUCAUGCCGGAGUUGCCCAAAACUUCCACAGGAAAAAUCCAGAAGUUCCGGUUGAGGGCCUUGACGAAGAAGAUGGUCUUAUCGGAGGAUGUUUCCGCCGCCUCACCUAGAUUGUCGCGUCUUUGAGAUCAGAUAGAAGUUGCCAUGAUGCGCUUUUCUUUUCUUUUUCUGGAAGAACAGUGGAUAGAGAUUACUUGUAAGGCUCUCGGAUUCGUCGUUCUUCUUUAUCUACCAAUAAUGCUAGAGUAGAGAGGCGAAGAUCGUUUAUUCUGGUAGACCUCUCGCAGGAUUAUGUAAAAUAGCCAGAAAAGCAAAGUAACUUGGACUCAAAAGAUGAUACAGCUAAAUACAUUGUCUAAGUUUGUCUCACCGUUCUGUAAAAGAUUAGUUUUAUGAGCUUCUAUCCCUAACACUACUCUCAUUACAAAAACUAAGGCUCCUGCUAGCUGGAGUGCUCGACGACUUAUCUCUAUCUGAUGAAUUCUGGAAACCUAGGAAGAACCUUCUUGAGCUUCUCUAAUUAUUGCUUAAGUUCAGGCGCAGUACUUUUUUGAUGCGACCAUUCAAAGCUAGCUACCGAUAGAAAGCCGGACGCGUACGCAAUAAUCACGAAAGCUAUUGAUCUGACUAAUGUAGUCCAGAGCGAAGCUAAACGCCGAAAUGAUUCAACAACAGUCAGGUCAGGGGACAGAACCACUUAACUGUUUAUUUUCGUACCGUGGGCCAUGAACACUUUUGUCUUCUAUGUUGUUCCGUCAGGUUCGUUCGGCUUGAUCAUACUGCGAAACUGAUCGUGGCAUCUAAUCAAUCCGUUCAUGGCUGUCCGUGAUCCCCGAUGAACCCGGUCAGUCCGAGUCUCUCUCUUCUGAAGCUCCUCUACAUCACCUUCUAGUUCUAGCCUGGAGCA